GCUAGGGGCGUGGCCAGGCGGUGACGUCAUCAGGCGGCGCCGCCCGCCGGGCCCGGGCGCCAUGGAGGGGAACCGGGAGGAGGCGGAGCGCUGCGUCGGCAUCGCGCUGGCGGCCGCCAGGGCCGGGCAGCCCGAGCGGGCCCGGCGCUUCCUGCUGAAGGCGCAGCGCCUCUACCCCACGCCCCGCGCCCGCGCGCUGCUGGAGGAGCUGGACAAGGAGCAGCAGGCGGCGGGGGCCCAGCCUGACCCCGGCCCCGGCUCCGGCCCCAACCCCGGCCCCGGCCCCGGGGGGCGGCCGGGCAGCGGUGGGGAGGCGGCGGGGGAGGCGCCGCGGGGCUACACGCGGGACCAGGCGGAUGCCGUCAGGAGGGUAAAGCAGUGCAAAGACUACUACGAAAUUCUGGGAGUCAACAGAGAAGCUUCAGACGAGGACUUGAAGAAGGCUUACCGGAAACUGGCGCUGAAGUUCCACCCCGAUAAGAACCACGCGCCAGGGGCCACCGAGGCCUUUAAAGCCAUUGGCAACGCCUACGCGGUGUUGAGCAACCCGGAGAAGAGGAAGCAAUACGACCAGUACGGGGACGAGAAGCUCAACCCCGCUCGGCACGGACACAGUCACGCAGACUUCCACCGCGGCUUCGAGGCCGACAUCUCCCCCGAGGACCUCUUCAACAUGUUCUUCGGGGGUGGAUUUCCCUCCAGUAACGUCCACGUGUACAGCAACGGCAGGAUGCGAUACACCUACCACCAGAGGCAGGACAGGCGAGAGCACCAGGGGGAUGGUGGCCUGGGGCUGUUUGUCCAGCUGAUGCCCAUCCUCAUCCUGAUCAUCGUGUCUGCGCUCAGCCAGAUGAUGGUCUCCAGCCCUCCCUACAGCCUGAGCCAGAGGCCGUCCGUGGGUCACAUACACAGGAGGGUGACGGAGCACCUGAAAGUCGUCUACUACGUGGCUGAGAACUUUGCCGAGGAGUACACGGGCAGCAACCUGAAGAACGUGGAGAGGAGCGUGGAGGACGACUACAUCGCCAACCUGCGGAACAACUGCUGGAAGGAGAAGCAGCAGAAGGAAGGGCUGCUGUACCGGGCACGCUACUUCGGGGACUCGGAGCUGUACCAGCGGGCGCAGAAGAUGGGCACCCCCAGCUGCAGCAGACUGUCAGACGUACAGGCCUCUCUGCACGGAUAGCCGCCGCCGGCCCGCUCGGCGGAGCUCUAAACUGGAAACGCCUGAAGACUCUCGGCGAAGCGCACUGAGCCCAGGUGGCGGACUUUGUGUUUAAGGAAUCAAACCCGAUAUUAAAAUGGAAUCGGAGAAUUAGCAACGCACAACUGCCCUCUUUCUUCUCUCUGCCCGUCUCCGCCGUCACGACGUCUCAGGCAGCAAUUAGGACAGGAAGCAGCUGCCCGUCCUCCUCCUCCUCCUCCCCUUCCAGCACCACCGGCCUGGUUGCUCCCAGGGUCCCACAGCCGUCGGGACAAGCGCGUGGCCUGGAAGGUGAGAGAGCCAAAAAAGCAAAGCCACGGAGCAAAAGGAGACCCUGGCGACUGCGCUGGAGAGAGAAAUCGGACAAUUUGGUGAUGAAACUUUCAACAAAAAGAAAUAUAAUCUAUUUAGAAUUAAUUUAUAGCUGUAUAUACGGUGUACUUUUAAACUAUGCAGGGGUUGGGUGAUUAAAUUAUUUUGUUCUCUGCCCAGCUUGGCCAGCGGGGAAGCGGGCAGUGUCUCCUCCCGGGUGUCCCCCUCUGCCUGGCACUCGGAGCUCAAAUCACUUUGCGGUUACUGCACUUGGCUUUCUCGAGGACAGCGGCGCUCCGUGGCUGGGGAUGCCGAUGCCUGCCUUCUGGGCUGUAAUAAAAGCAUUUCCAAAUCUGCAGGGGGCGAAAAGCAAUUCCUGAACCUGCCCGGAUUUGCACUUUGGGUUCGCAACGUUGGCAGAAGCUUCCGCAGGUCAACUGGAGCCGCAUUCAGCGGAGGAAAGGAUUGUCCUGGAUGGUUUUAGUUCAUCUGUUGUUCGCUUGAUGUCUGUGUGUAACCUUUUUUUUCUUUUUUUUUUCCAGUCUGCUUUUAAUUUUGCCUCGUAAUCAGUGUGCAGCUUUCUGCCUGUAAGCAGGGCUUUCCACGAGCUGUGUCCCUUUGUUAAUCACUUUGUCCUGCAGCCCUCGCCCAGCAGCUCUCCUGUUUGCAGCGUGGCCAUGGCGUGCUGUUGCCUGCGUUUCUUCGGGCAGACCUACGAAAUGCUGCUGGUGGUACAAAACUGAGCCCUGCAUCGCCUCUGCCGAAGGAAACGUCGCUGGGGGAAGGUCCCCCUGCACCCCGGCCCCUCGGCUUUGCUGGCUUGGUCAGGCGGGACCUGGAUGGGAGCGUGAGCCGUCUGAGAGGUGAACGUGGGAUAAACUGGAUCCCUUUUUGGCCCCGACAGUUAAUUUUUGCCUAAAGGCUUUGCCUGUGAGAGCCAUCCCCCGGCACCCCGUGGUGGUGGGGUGCAAGGGCUGGGAGCUCAAGCGCUGAGGUGGGCUCCUUCCUUCGGCGUUAGAAGCCCGUGUGCUCUGUCCUUUGCUCUUUGUUUUGCAAAGCAUCAGCCCUCCCGCUAACUCAGCCUUAUUCCACAGCCACCACAGCAUGGACUUGAUUCUAGAAGUUUUCUUUUUCCUCCUUUUGUUUUAUUGUUUUGUGUUUUUUUUGUUUUUUUUUUUGUAAUGGUACCUCCGUCUGUGGACGGCACGGGGUGGAAGCACAGGCGUGUUGAUAUAGCACGGCCACGUGCAGCUCGUGGGGGGGGGAAUUAAAGGAAAAAUCACGUGUGCAAGAGGUGCUGAACGUCCUGCGGGACGGCGUCCCUCGCCCAGGGCCUGCCCGCACAAACCUUGGGAUGUUCCGAGUAGAUUUCCGUGGAUAACGCGAGCGGGAAAGCGCAGAUCCUAACGGGUGCUCCUGAAGCUGCAUUUCUUGAUUUAGAGUUAAUUAUCAAAUUGUACAUCUAUAAAUAAAUGUUUAUAUCGUGAAA